GAUUAAAAAAAAGGGAAGAGGAAACUGAAGUGAAGUCGCCGGCGCCGCCGCGGCAGGAGCCAGGAGAGGAGGGGAAGCAGGAGCGGUGCCCGGCGAUCUCAGCGGCGCGGGAGAGGGAGCGGAGGCACGGCGAGAUGCAUUCGUUCGGGCACAGGGCGAAUGCUGUGGCGACGUUCGCGGUGACGAUACUGGCCGCGAUGUGCUUCGCCGCCUCCUUCUCGGACAACUUCAGCUCCCCCUCCCCCACCGCCUCCGUCAAGAUCUUGAACAUAAACUGGUUCCAGAAGGAGUCCAACGGCAACGACGAGGUUAGCAUGACGCUGAACAUUUCCGCCGACCUUUCAUCUCUGUUCACGUGGAACACAAAACAGGUGUUUGUUUUUGUGGCAGCUGAGUAUGAGACUUCACAGAAUGCACUGAAUCAAGUUUCUCUUUGGGAUGGAAUUAUACCAUCAAAGGAGCAUGCAAAGUUUUUGAUCCAUACCACAAACAAGUACAGAUUUAUUGAUCAGGGAAGCAAUCUAAAAGGCAAGGACUUCAACUUGACAAUGCACUGGCAUAUUAUGCCAAAGACUGGCAAGAUGUUUGCAGAUAAGAUAGUCAUGACAGGUUAUCGGCUUCCUGAGCAGUACAGAUAGUCAGAUAGAUCCUGAGCGGCAGCUUGAUGGUCGCUGUGCUAUGCAAUGGUCAUUACUGGGAGCAGAGACCUGCAAGAAAUUUUAGCAGCAGUGACAUAGCUGAUACUGAGCUUUUUGUUGUAAUCUUAGCCGAACAUGUAAUCCUAUGAGCAACUUUAGCUGAAACCAGGCGAAGCUAAAUUAACCCUGUUGAGGAGAUACGUACUUUUCAACUUUGGUUCGUCAGUUAAAAGUUGAGACAGAAUUUGAUGGAAACAACUUUAUUGAGCCCUUGGGUUGCAAAGCACAUUGAUGCCCUA